ACAGAAACUGUGAAAAUGUAAGCAGAUAUGGCGGGUUUUCGAGGAAUAGACAAAGCGUUUUUUCCCAUAAAAAACGUGUCCUCUGUUAUUGAAAUUUUUAAGCAUCAAUUAGAAAAAGUCUCGGAACCAGAUCUUGCUUUACUGUCAAUAAUUGUUGGUGCGGUUGAAAACUCAUUGACUUGUAGCCGGCCAAAUGCGCCACUGCAGCUAUGUGAACCUAUGGAGCCAUCCAGUCUACCUACGCUAGAAAUUCAUACAGUAGAGUCCCUUUAUAACAAGUUUCACGCAAUUAUUAAAAGUGCCGUCGAUCCUGUAGUGAAAACAUCCAGAGAGAAAGUGUAUGCAACAAGAGAAAUAGUGAAGAAAGUGUCAGAUGUUGUUUGGAAUACAUUGUCAAGGAGUUAUUAUAAAGACAGGGCGCAUUUGCAAAGCCUCUAUAGCUACUUAACAGGCAAUAAGCUUGAUUGUUUUGGUGUAGCAUUUGCAGUAGUUGCUGGUUGUCAAGUGCUGGGUUAUUCCGAUGUCCAUCUUGCCUUAUCUGAAGACCAUGCUUGGGUUGUUUUUGGCCAGUAUGGCACAGAAACCGCUGAAGUUACGUGGCACGGAAAGGGCAAUGAAGAUAAAAGAGGGCAAGAAAUUGGAAAAGGUGUUUCUGCACGAUCAUGGUUAUAUGUAAACAAUAAACCUGUAAUUUGCACUAGAGCAAUGGAAGUGGCUGCUCUUGUUUCUGCUAUUAACCCGUCACUUAAUACAGCUCAUGAUGCUUAUGAGGUGGCACUUUUACAACAAGAAUUGUUAUGGUUAUUGUAUGAUUUAGGCCACUUAGCAAAGUAUCCGAUGGCAAUUGGAAAUUUGGGAGAUUUAGAGGAGAUAUCUGCAACAGCAGGAAGAAUUCCCUGUGAUGUUCUUUUUAAAGAAGCAAUUGCAUCAGCUCGACAAAAUUAUACUAAUAUGCAUGUUUACCCAUAUACUUAUCAAGGAGGAUAUUUCUACAGAAAUAAAAUGUAUGAAGAGGCUUUUGAAAGCUGGGCCAAUGCAAGUGAUGUAAUAAGAAAGUACAACUAUUCCCGAGAUGAUGAAGAGAUAUAUAAAGAGUUUCUUGAAAUAGCCAAUGAACUCAUUCCACAUAUUAUGAAAGUAGAAAGUUCUGGUUUCAGUGCAAAUUCAAUUCUAAAGAAACCUCAAUGCUUUGCACAUCUUUUAAGGUUCUAUGAUGGUAUUUGUCAAUGGGAAGAAGGCAGUGCCACACCAGUUCUUCACAUUGGUUGGGCAAAGCCUCUUGUCAAUACAAUAUCAAAAUUUGAUGCAGAUGUGCGUGCCAAAGUAAAUAUAAUUUGUGAAACAGCUGAGGACAGGAUUGAACAACAACAUAAUUUUAACAAUCACUCAAACGGAAGUACAAAUUGCUUAAAUAACAAUAAUUACUGUGUACCUAAGAAGCAAGACUUGUCACCACCAGGCACCGACCUCAUUAACGCCAUAGAGUCUAAGGUUAAUAGUGCAGAGGAAAGUCGAAAUAGUCCUUGCUUGCAUCCGAGCAUUGAAGCCCUUACAGCAGCCUGUUCAGAAAAAAUCCUGAACCCUGAAUACCUCCUUCAAGGAGGAGGAUCUCCUUUUGUUGGUUGUGAUGAAACACCGCCAGUGCAGGACACUGGUAAAAAGAACUCAGAUAAAGAACAAUCGAGUCCGAGUACAUCGAGGCAGACAGAUGAAGACCAAAAUAAGAUAACGACGAGCGUUGUGACGUCUCCUACUGUAAUUCUACACAGUCAAAAAAUGAAAGGUUUAAAGGAACUACUUUUAGCCGAAAAGUUAAACACGCACGCAAUUUCGUUACAUUUAACGGCGCAAUCGCAGGUUCAGGUGGGCAAAAAGACCCGGAACGAUGGGGCAACGACCACUACCACCGAUAAUGGCAUGAGGGCGAAAAGAACUCGCAGGGAAUAAAAAAAUUAAAAGUAAGAAAACGUACGAAUUAAUUGCAUCUCGUACCUGUAGAAUGUGGUCUUCGAUUUCGCAGUAAGAUCAGUCAAAUUAUUUCGAAUCAAUUCCUUCCCUUAUACUUAUACAAUUUCUUACAGACAUUCGUUUUGUGCUAAUUUCAUUGGCAGACCUAUAUACAAGGUACACAAUUUUUGUGUACUUAAAAAUCCAAAGUAUUAAUUUGAAGGUACAACCUCUGCCCUUUUGUUCCCUCGGCUCUCCUUUGAAACAAGUAUUUCAAAAUUUUGAGCAAAAAUAUUCACAGAAUUUUGACUCUUUUAUUCUUUAUGCCUUAACAAUUUUGUUUUUGAUUAAAUUUGUCUUUUGAAAAAGAUAUGACAAAAAGUAUAAGUCUCUUUAGACUUCUAAUUAGACAAAACUGUCGAAUUUUUUUAAUGCCACAGUUUUUGCA